AUGUAAUAAUAAUUUUCUAAAAGUGCAUUAUCGGAUUUCAAUUUAGUUAAAAAAUUGGGAGAAGGAUACUAUUCAUCUGUUUACUAAGUUUAAAGAAAAUGUGAUGGGUAAUACUAUGCUAUAAGGAGAGUGAAAAUACAUUAACAUAGUCUUAAAGAGAGAGAAGAUGCUUUGAAUAAUAUUAGAACAUUAGCUUCUCUUGGUUAAUAUAAUCAAGAUAAUAGAAUUCUUAAUGUGAUCAUGGAGUUUGUAUCAGGCGGAGACUUAUUACAGAUAUUGAAGUAAGGUAAAUAAGAGGGAGGGAUUUAAGAGAGUGAAAUUUGGACAAUAUUAAUAUAGAUCAUUUUAGGAGUGAAAAUACUACAUGAUAAUGGCAUCUUGCAUCGAGAUCUUAAUUUAGAAAAUGUGUUUGUAGUCAAGACUCCUAAAGGAAACAUUUAUAAAAUAGGAGAUUUCAAUAUUGGGAAAGUAACUCGUUAGGGAAAUGCAGAGAUUGGACCUCCAUAUGAUGUUGCUCCUGAAAUGUGGAAAGGUGAACAAAACUCACGUCCUUGUGACAUUUGGUUAAUUGGUUGUAUAAUCUAUGAACUGACAGCAUUUCAACAUCCCUUUAGAGCCAGAGAUAUAGAGUCCUUAUACAAAAAGGUAUAAAUUGGUAAAUAUGAUCCGAUUCCAUCCAAAUAUAGUGAGGAUCUAUAACAAAUUUUAAGAAUGCUCUUACAAGUAAAUCCAAAGAAUAGACCAAAUUGUGAUUAAAUCCUCAAAGAUCCAAAGGUGGUUAAGAAUAGCGGAUCAUUGUUAGUAGAAAUUGAGUAGAAGUUAGGAAAAUUAAAUGAUAAUUAACCAAACCCCAAACGUGAAAAUAAGAGCAAAAAAUUACACUCUAAAUAAGGACUUAAUAUUGAGACUAAAAAUCCUGUAACUUCUUAACCUCGAAUUAAUUUAGAAUAACAAUAAUAAUAGGAAUAACAAUUAAGAAAAAAAUCGGUCAUUCCCUCCUCGUAAGAAGCUCUUUUGAAAAGGAAGCCUCCUUUGGCUAAACCUCAAAUUGCCUCAGCUUAAAAAAUUAAAAAUCAUCCUUAGACUCCUUAAUAUUAGGGAUAAAAAGUAUAAUAUAAGGAUCAAAAUUUAAAAAAUUAAGAACAAAAAAAUUGUAAUAAUCUUAAAUUACAACAAUGCUUAGGACAGCAACAUCAAUAACAAAUGGAACAACAAAUAUAAUAAAAGAGACAGCAUGGCGCAGGAAUAUAAUAAAUAUCAAAAUGA